CCCCCAGAUAGAUCUAAAUUGAUGUAGAUAAAUAGAUGUACUUUAUUUUUGUAACACACAGUUUCAGAAGCAUCAUCAGGGAUUUUUCACUCAAACCGUUAAGUUUGAAUUUAAUGUAUAUCUAAAUUAAACUUAUACAUUUAAAAAAAAAUAGGCAUUUUCUGAAUUUUUUUGAACGUUAUCACUCAGGCUUUGUUCCUUUGAUGAAUGUCACUGAAGGUCACCAAAGCAGCAGCCAUAUACCUUUGAAGUCUGUCCCUACAUAAGCGUCAGUUUUCAGUCAGUUUUCAGUCAGUUCUCUUCGGAAUACUUGGCUCGUUGCACCUGAACUCUGUUCUUGCUCCUGAACUCUGUUCUUGCUCCUGAACUCUGUUCUUGCUCCUGAACUCUGUUCUUGCUCCUGAACUCUGUUCUUGCUCCUGAACUCUGUUCUUGCUCCUGAACUCUGUUCUUGCUCCUGAACUCGUUUCUUUGGAUUUGCCUUUAAGAGAACUACGAUUGAUUUGAAUCAACAUGAUCCCAACACACGUGGGGUUUCUCGGCGCUGCCUCCUACGAGUCCGUCAGCUGCGUCACUGCAAACUUUCAAGCCUUCGUGACGGAUCUGAGUCACGAGGACUUGGACGUUGAGGAGAACCUGCAGGAAAUGGUUGAGCUCAUUUUCAAGAGGGCCGUGAAGAAACCAGACUCUGCUGCAGUCUUCGCGGAGCUGUGUCAACACCUCUCAGAAGUGGAGUUCCAGUCCCUGUCCGACUGGUCAGCCAGCGUCUCCUUCAGGUCUCUGCUGGUUAAACACUGCCAGGCAGAAUUCAUGAAGAACUUGGACAAGGAGGGCAUUCAUCAAGAGAGUUGGUCCUGCCUGAAGCCAGUCCAGGACGUGAGGGUCACCGACCGGCUGAGGGAAGAGCAACAGAACGCCAAACCUUCCGGUCGCUUCCUUAACAUGCUGAGGUUUAUUGGGCAGCUGUUCCUCUCCAAGGUGCUGGCAGAGAAAUCCAUGCACUGCUGCAUCAGGAGGCUGUUGCAGAAAGGAGACGGGCCGUCUCUUGAGGGCCUCUGUCAGCUCCUCCAGAUGAUCCAGCAGGACCUGGAGGUGGUGACGGAAAAGGAAGUUAUGGACACCUACUAUAACCAGCUGGACCAUAUGGCAGAGAAAGGGAAGAGGGCACCAAGGCUCUCCCUUUUGUUGAGGGAAACAGUGGAUGCCAGGAAGAUGGCAUACUCCACCCCCCACUAAGUUUUUAAUGAAAACUCAUGUGGGAAAUACAACUUAUACACUUAUACAACUUAUACAGUGAUGUUUGUAAAUGGACAGAAACCCCCCACUGCAACCCCUGCUCCUACUCUGUAUAAUUUGCACUGGGUGACAUCAUGUCUGUACUCUGUUUGUGGUUUGUACUAUGUUGUCGACUAAUGAAUAAAAUGUUUUAAAUUUAA